AUGGCAACAAUCAACUUCGAUAUCAACGAUGCGCUCAAGCAUUACAUGUCCGAUCCCACAACAAUACCCACGCCAGAGGCCGACAGCGCCCUUUUUGACUGUGAAAAUGACCCCGAAUCUCUCACAAAUCCUGUCAUCAACCCCGUGUUGAACCCUAUUGUCGAUGCUGUCGCACAUGAUCCAGAUGCCAUUCUGCGGGCAACAAAUAUGGACUCACUGCAGUUUCUUCUCAAAUACACGUCAUAUCUGCCAACCCACGCCUUGAGCAAGAUAUUUGACUUGGUAAUGAGCGGUCUCAGUGCCGAAUGCGACUACAUGUACAAUGACAUGGACACGCCUGACGAACAAGAUUCUGUACCUCACCACAAGCAGCUUCUCGAGAUAUAUGGAUUCUUAUUACAAUGGACAAUCGCUGCAGUCGAGACGAAAGCCGCCGAGAAAUCAUCGACAGUGCCCGUUGCUCGUGGCCGGGCCAAGCCCAAGAAGGGCGCUUCAAAGGAGGAGACUUGGGACUCGGCGACACAGCUUCAGGCCGCAUUGGAAGUCAUGUGCAAAGUUCUAAAGCAGAAGCUGUCCAAAAUCUUCCUGACUACCAGCGAAAGAGAUACAUUCAUCAGCCUUCUCACGAGACCAGUCUACAUGAUUUUGGAGAGUGAGCAGCGCGCCAAGACUACAUCAAUUCGAAUGCACUGCUUCAAAGUAUUAUGUAUUGCUGUAAAGCACCACGGCCACGGAUAUGCCGCGCAAAUCAAUGUCAUCCAGAACCUGACCUACUUCGAGCAUCUGUCAGAACCCAUGGCCGAAUUUCUGCAUAUUUUGGCCGAGACCUAUGACUACCCUCAGCUUGCAGAUGAGGUACUGCGCGAGAUUUCUGGCAAAGAGUUCAACUCAAAUGAUUCCCGCGGGCCCAAGUCCGUCUCUGCCUUCAUUGCCAAGCUCUCAGAGUUGGCCCCUAGGCUCGUCAUUAAGCAGAUGACCAUGCUGGCCAAACAGCUUGACAGUGAGUCUUACACAUUGCGAUGUGCGCUCAUCGAAGUCUGCGGCAACAUGAUUGGCUAUCUCAGCAAACAAGACGAGCGAAGCGAGAACCAUAAAUCGCAACUCAAUGCUUUCUUUGACGUGUUGGAGGAGAGGUUCUUGGACAUCAAUCCAUACUGCCGCUGCAGAGCUCUCCAAGUCUACAUGAAGCUUUGCGAACUGGACCAGAAGUUCCCGAAGAGGCGACAGAAGGCCGCUGAGCUCGCAUGUCGCAGCCUAGAGGAUAAGAGUAGCAACGUGCGCAGAAACGCCAUCAAGCUUCUCGGAAUCCUUAUCAAGACCCAUCCUUUCACUGUCAUGCACGGCGCCCAGCUCUCUCGCAAGGAGUGGCAGGAACGUCAUGACAAGGUGGAGGAAGAGCUUAAUGCACUUAAACCACCUCCAGGUAUGCCAGGAUUUGGAGAGGAGAAUGCCAACACCACUGUCGACAAUGCGCUUCUAGAUGAAGCUACGCAGAUUGACUCGCCGCAAAAGCCCAAGGAAAUGACCGAGGAAGAGAAGAUGGCCGCCAUCAAGAAGGCGCAGGAAGAGGCAGCCACCGGCGAGGCAAUCGAAAAACUGACCCUAACGCGGAGAUACUACAACGAGGCUCUUCGCUUCAUUGACGUCCUCCACGACGCUACUGGUAUCGUGUGUCAACUACUCGGCGCCAGGAACAAGAGCGAAGUUAUUGAAGCCAUUGACUAUUUUGAAAUCGGAGAUGCCUACAACAUCGAGCAGAACAAGGUGGGUAUUCGGCGCAUGUUGAGGUUGAUUUGGACAAAGGGCAACAGUGAUGAAGGCAAGGGUGUACAGACGCAUUUGAUUGAGUGCUACCGAAGGCUCUUUUUUGAGGCUCCGGAUUCCUUCAGCCCGAACGACGCGGCAAACUAUGUGGCCCGUAACAUGAUUAGCUUGACAUUCGGUGCCACCCCAGCAGAGCUCACAUCAUUGGAGCAACUGCUUGCCACGAUGAUGAAGGGUGGUAUUAUCCCAGAAAUCGUCGUGACCAAACUGUGGCAAGUCUACGGUGUACAGAGGCGUGAGAUCUCAAGAACACAGCGUCGUGGCGCCAUCAUUGUACUUGGAAUGCUGGCUACGGCUAGUCCGGAAAUUGCUGUUGAUGAGAUUGAGACCAUGCUUCGUACCGGUCUGGGCUCACACGGACGAGCGGACUUGCAGCUAGCCAAGUACACCUGCAUUGCCCUAAGAAGAAUCAACCCAACAGGACGUCAUGCCAAGGAGUCGACGACCAAGUUCAACAGGCUACCCAACGACCAUGCGGUCCUCGGGCGCUUGGCGGCUAUUGCUGAGGUUCAGUCGGAGAGCAAGGAGUGGUACGGUGUUGCCGAGCAAGCUAUCAAUGCCAUUUAUGCCAUUUCCAAGCACCCUGAUGUGCUCUGCUCUGAAAUUAUUCGACGCAAGACAAAGCAUGUCUUUGCACAGUCUCGCCCAGGCUCAAGGCCAACGUCAAGAGACGAGACCAAAGGCAUGCCUGACGUGACGAUGAAUCAAACAAUGAACCAAACAAUGCAGGUGGACAAGCCCAAGACGCGCGACAACGCUGUCAACUUGUCACAACUUUUGUUUAUUGUUGGACACGUCGCCAUCAAGCAGAUUGUGCAUCUCGAGCUCUGCGAACUCGAUUUCAAGCGUAGAAAGCAAGAAAAAGAGAAGCAGACGCCGGUCAAGGCGGAAAAGGAAAAGGAAGAAGCAGAUGAAUUGGACCUCAUUGGGGGUACUACUGAAGAUGACUUUACAGAGGCCAUGGCCCAUAUCAGAGAACGGGAACUUUUAUACGGCCCAGAGUCUCUCUUGGCCGUCUUCGGGCCCCUGGUGUCCGAGAUUUGCGCCAACAACACCACGUAUGCCGACAAGGGUCUCCAGGCGGCGGCAACGCUGUGCCUCGCAAAGCUGAUGUGUGUCUCGUCUGAGUACUGCGAGACAAACCUACCACUUCUCAUCACCAUCAUGGAAAGGUCACCAGAUGCCACUGUGCGUUCCAACGCAGUGAUUGCACUGGGAGACAUGGCAGUGUGCUUCAACCACCUGAUUGACGAAAACACCGACUUCCUAUACAGGCGCCUUGCAGAUGACGACGCGUCGGUCAAGAGAACCUGCCUCAUGACAUUGACGUUCCUCAUUUUGGCCGGUCAGGUCAAGGUCAAGGGCCAACUCGGAGAAAUGGCCAAGUGCCUCGAGGACGAGGACCGCCGCAUCGCCGACCUAGCCAGAAUGUUCUUUACAGAACUCAGCACCAAGGACAAUGCCGUGUACAACCACUUUGUCGACAUGUUUAGCUUGCUCAGUGCCGGUGGCAGAAUGGAUGAAGAGAGCUUCAAGCGGAUUAUCCGGUUCCUGCUCGGCUUUGUGGAGAAGGACAAGCACGCGAAGCAGCUGGCGGAGAAGCUGGCAGCUAGAUUACCGAGAUGCGAGACAGAGAGACAGUGGAACGACGUGGCUUUUGCGUUGGGACUGUUGCCACAUAAGAAUGAAGAGAUUACGAAGACAGUGUCUGAGGGGUUCAAGCUUGUUCAGGCCACAGCAUGA